AUGGCCGACGAGGAGGAAUUCGACUACAUAAUCUGCGGCGGCGGGACGGCAGGCUGCGUGCUCGCCUCCCGCCUGCGACAAGCCAACCCAUCGCUCUCCAUAGCCCUGAUCGAGCGCGGCACGAACGACGCGAGCAAUGCCAAAAUCCUCAAUCCGCUCUCGGUGGCAGAACUAAAAAGUGAAGGUCUGCAGAGCGUCUACUGGAGCACCCCUCAGCCGCAUCUGAGCAAUCGCCGGAUCGAACUGCACGGCGGGAAUGUGCUAUCCGGAUCCAGCGCGACCAACUACGGGGUUUGGAUGCGAGGACAUCGCAAAGACUAUGAUGAAUGGGCGCGGAUAACGGGCGACGAACGCUGGAGUUACGGAGGGCUGCUGCCCUAUUUCAAGCGAAACGAAACGCAUUUCGAUUCCUCGGGCGAUGAAGCGCAGCACGGGUUCAGAGGGCCGAUCAAGACUGCGCUGCCCACGGAAUUCCCACUGCGGAAGCCGUUCAUGGAAGCGUUCGAGAAGCUUGGGUAUCAGAGCAAUCCGGAUCAGAACGGCGGCAACCCGUUCGGCUAUGGGACAUUGGCAGUGAAUUGGUCCCCGCGUCGUCAGCCUGCCAGCCUGGCUUACGACUUGAGCGGAGUGCAUGUUCUGUGUGACUCUUAUGCAAAGAAGAUUCUGCUGGAACGAGCAAAGCCGGACGAAGAGCCCAGAGCGAUAGGAGUGCAAGUGGGAACGGGAGAGGAUCAGGUGCGCCAGUUGAGGGCUAGGAAGGAGGUGAUAGUUAGCUGCGGAGCCUACCGAACGCCGCAACUUCUUAUGCUGAGCGGCAUAGGUCCUCGACAGCAGCUCCUGAAAUUCGCAGUGUCGGUAGUCGUGGACAACGCAGAGGUCGGAUGCAACAUGUUCGAUCACCUAGGUUGUUCAAUCUGCUUCAAGUUGGAACCCAAAGCCGCCGAAAAGGGCCUGGCCAUGGGACAUCCAAACUUCAUGGCCAAUCCGAAGUUCAUGGAGAUCGUGCCGUGUGAGACAUCGACGAUAGAUAUGCUGGAUCCUAGGAAGCUGGCUGAAGCGCUCCAAGCCGAUUCUGGCACGGCCACGAUAAGCACACAGCAACUUGAUGCACUCCAAGAGCAACGAGCACACCUCUGGAUUCUGCCCGCUUACAUGCCGAUCUCGCUUGGCGAGAACUACGACGUAGUGCCCGAUGGAGAACACAUCAGCAUCCUCAUGAUGAACUUCCAGCCAACAUCUCGAGGGGCAAUAUCGCUGACGUCGGGCACGGCCGCUGAUACGCCAGCGGUAAAUCCAAACUAUGUGACUACACAACAUGACCGGCUGGUUAUGCGCGAGGGCGUCCGCAGAAUACUCCAACUUGUUGAGCAGUCGUCUCUGAGACCGUAUGUCGCGGCCGAGGAGCCUCCUAUUGGACAAGCGCCACUAACCUCAACCUCUACGGACGAGGAGAUUGACUCCAGAAUACAGGAUAACUCCACGUCGAUUCAGCAUCCAGCGGGUACCGCGGCCAUGGGCAAAGUGGUCGACUCGCAGUUGAGAGUCAAGGGCGUGAAGGGUCUGAGAGUGUGCGAUGCGAGCGUGUUCCCAGCCCCAGUCGCUGCGACAACCCAGGCUUCUGUAUAUGCGUUGGCGGAAAGCUUCGCGGACUUGUUGUUGUUGCAGGAGGAGUCACAAUAA